UGAAUAUUUGAUUUCAAUCAAAUUAAAAAGCUGAGUUUUUUUCAAGUAUGCAACAGAAGUUACGAGGAUUCAGAAACACUCAGUAAAUAAAUGAAUGAAUGAAAUGGACAGAAUUUUGCAGUUCCUUGACUUUUCAAGAUUGAACUUCAAAUAUCAUGCCGAAUAGAAAGAAAGAAACCUCACCAGCUAAAAAGUCCUCUUCACUCUCCCUCUGUAUUUAUAAACAAGCUUUUAUUUUACUUUGUAUAGGUCUGAAGGGAAGCAUUCUGUUUCUCAGUGUGAGGGAGAAGAUGGUAUUGAGGGUGAAGUUGCUCUCUAUUCUUCAGCACUUGCUUACUACUUUUGCCUUCUUCCCUUCAUCGUUCUUCUUUCAACCUUUCACCUGUCCAGUGCUCAAAACGCCACUACUGAUCCAUCUGAAGAUGGUGAGUGCAUUGAACUCGCUAUUUGAACAAUGGGACACACAAGCUGUGGGGUUAUGGAACUUGAGUGGAGAGCCAUGCAGCGGAUCUGCCAUUGAGCAAACUGAUUUUGAAGACCCUGACAACAACCCUGCCAUCAAAUGUGAAUGUACUCAGACUACAUGCCACAUUACCCAACUGAGAGUUUAUGCUUUGAACAAAAGAGGGGUGAUUCCAGAAGUACUAACAGCUUUCAAGUAUCUUACCUUUCUAAAAAUUGAUCAAAAUUACUUCUCUGGUCCAUUGCCUGCGUUCAUUGGAAAUUUAUCAGCAUUGAAGGGUUUGUCAAUUGCCCACAAUGCAUUUUCUGGGACCAUUCCUAAGGAGCUUGGCAAUCUUAAGGAGCUAACUUUGCUGUCUUUUGGUGUAAAUAAUUUCUCAGGCACACUUCCCCCAGAACUGGGUAAUCUUGUCAAUCUUGAGGAACUCUAUACUAAUAGUUGUGGAUUGGGUGGUGAAAUUCCCUCAACAUUUGCCAACCUUCAAAGAUUGAGAGUCUUGUGGGCAUCGGAUGAUUCUUUCACAGGCAACAUACCUGACUUCAUAGGCAAUUGGACAGGGCUUACAUCAUUGAGAUUUCAAGGGAAUUCUUUCGAAGGUCCUAUACCACUCAGUUUUUCCAACUUGACCUCAUUGGACUCUCUGAGAAUCAGCGAUUUAAGCAACGUGAGCUCUACCCUUAAUUUUAUCAAGAACUUGAAGAACUUGACCGACUUGAAUCUGAGGAAUGCAUUGAUCAAUGGUAGUAUUCCAUCUGAUAUUGGAGAGCUCCAAACUUUAAAUAGACUGGAUUUAAGCUUUAACAACUUAACAGGCCAAGUUCCAAGUGCUUUGUUCAGGAUGAGUUCUCUUGAAUACUUGUUUCUUGGAAACAAUAGUCUAUCUGGAACCCUCCCUGAGCAGAAGAGUGAUACACUUCAGACAAUAGAUUUAUCUUACAAUUAUCUGUCAGGAACUUUUCCUUCAUGGGUAGCCUCAAAUGUACAAUUGAAUUUAGUGGCCAACAACUUCACUUUUGACAACUCAAAUAUAAGUGUUCUGCCUGGAUUUAACUGUCUACAGAGAAAUUUCCCAUGCAAUCGGGAUACUCCACGCUAUGCAAAUUUCUCAAUCAAGUGUGGUGGUCCAGAGAUGAGAACCGCUGAUGGCACAGUUUAUGAAGCUGAAAACUCAUCUCUCAGUGCAGCAUCAUUCAGUGUAACUAGUACCGAAAAAUGGGCGGUGAGCAAUGUGGGCUUGUUUUCUGAUAGACGAAGUCCUGAUUAUGUUGAAAAUACCUUGACACAAGUUCUCAGCACUAAUACCCCAGAGCUCUAUCAGACUUCAAGGAUAUCUCCUGGUUCACUUAGGUGCUUCGGCCUGGGUCUAGAGAAUGGGCCUUAUACUGUACAUUUGUUAUUUGCCGAAACUGCAUUUGCGGAUCGAAGCUCACAAACUUGGGAGAGUUUAGGACGGCGCGUUUUUGAUAUCUAUAUUCAGGGAAGUCGCCAAUCGAAAGACUUUGACAUAUCAAAGGAGGCAGGUGGGGUUGAGAGAUCAAUUACAAGGACUUUUAAUGUUACUGUAUCUGAAAGUCAUCUGGAAAUUCAUUUGUUUUGGGCUGGUAAGGGGACCUGCUGUACCCCUGUACAAGGCUACUAUGGACCAAUCAUCUCGGCCCUCAAUGUUGUUCCAGGUUUUACCCCAACUGUUAGUGGGAUACCACCCAGUACUCGGAAAGAGAAGAGCAGGACCGGGAUGGUUGUUGGUAUUUCAGUUUCUGCUGGAGUUGUGUGCCUGACCCUGAUAUUUGCAGUUGUUUACAUCAUGAGGAAAAAAGACAGUGAAGAUGAGGAAGUGUUUCCUGGGAUGGGCUCUAGACCAAACACUUUUAGUUAUGCCCAGUUGAGAGCGGCCACAGAUGACUUCAGUCCUUCAAAUAUGCUUGGGGAAGGGGGAUUUGGAGCUGUAUACAAGGGUUUGCUUUCUGAUGCGAGGGCAGUGGUUGUAAAGCAACUUUCAGUUGCAUCUAACCAGGGCAUGAGUCAAUUUAUAACUGAGAUCGCCACCAUAUCGGCAGUUCAACAUUGUAAUCUUGUGAAACUGUACGGAUGCUGCAUCGAAGGGACUAGACGCCUCCUGGUUUAUGAAUACCUUGAAAACAAAAGCCUUGAUAAGAAUCUUUUUGGAAAAGAUGGAAUGCAUCUUGAUUGGCCUACCCGCUUCAAUAUAUGCCUGGGAACCGCUAGAGGGUUAGCUUACCUCCAUGAGGAAUCAAGUCCGAGGAUUAUACAUAGAGAUGUCAAGGCAAGUAACAUUUUGCUUGAUGCAGAACUCUGCCCCAAAAUAUCAGAUUUUGGAUUGGCAAAACUAUACGACGACAAGAAAACUCACAUCAGCACUCGAGUUGCAGGAACCAUUGGCUAUUUGGCACCGGAGUAUGCAAUGCGUGGACAUCUGACUGAGAAGGCUGAUGUUUUUGGUUUUGGUGUGGUUGCUUUGGAGAUCUUAAGUGGGAGAGCAAAUUCUGACUAUAGCUUGGAUGAUGAAAGGGUCUAUCUUCUUGAAUGGGCAUGGACUCUGUACGAAAGUAGACAAAGUUUGCUACUGAUGGAUCCAAGUGUAACAGAAUUUGAUGAAAAUGAAGCUCUUCGAGUUAUAGGAGUAGCUCUCUUGUGCACUCAAGCUUCACCAGCAAUGAGGCCGACAAUGUCAAGAGUUGUGGCAAUGUUUACGGGGGAUAUCGAAGUGAGCACUGUUACAUCAAAGCCAAGCUACUUGACUGAUAUGGAUUUUAAGGAUAUAACUGGCAGCUUCUCGACUGAAAACACUCCAGCAUUCCCUUCAACUGAUGAUAGCAAGAGCAAGAAUAAAAGCCAGCAUCACAAUUCAAUUGAUCUUAGUCCAGGAGGUGAUCAAAUACACUCUCCACUAAAUAUCACUGAACCAAGGCUGAGUGACCUCAUUGGGGAUGGAAGGUAAGGGGUUAAUUAUUGCUACAGAGCUGCAUGGUUUGCAGCCAAAUAGAGUAUAUAUAGCACUUUAUGCCUUUUUUUUCUAGCCAGUUGUAUGAUUAGUUGUAGACAUGAAAAGCUUUAAACACUAACAUUUGUACAAAAAAUGUACCAAGGAAUCUGUGGCACUAUAUAUGUGAAAAUAAUAUUGUCACCAGAAAAUGAAAAAAAAAAGAAAAAGAUAUCUUCCUGUCAUA